AUGCUCAACGCCCGGACAGUGCCAGAUAAGUACCCUAUCCGACACAUACAUGACUUUGCCCACAAUUUAUCUGGUUGCAAAAUUUUUUCAACCAUAGAUCUGGUGAAGGCGUAUAACCAGAUACCAAUCUUUGAGGCAGACAUUCCCAAAUCUGCCAUUACGACACCUUUUGGACUCUUCGAGUUCCCAUAUAUGACGUUCGGAUUGCGCGGAGCUAGUCAGACGUUCCAGAGGUUCGUUGAUGAGAUGACCCGUGGUCUAGAUUUUUGUUACCCAUACCUUGACGAUUUUCUUAUAUUUUCACGCGAUGAGUUAGAUCAUGAAAAGCACCUUCGUCAAGUAUUUACAAGGAUGAAGGAUUAUGGCAUGCUCAUCAACACCGCUAAAUGCGUUUUCGGUGCAUCAGAGGUAACAUUUCUAGGCUACAACAUCUCACAACAUGGAACGAAACCUCUGGAAGGUAAAGUUCAGGCUAUAAAGGAGUACCCUGUUCCUAAGACAGCCAAACAGCUUAGGAGGUUCUUGGGCAUGAUAAACUUUUAUAGGAGGUUUAUUCCCCAAGCUGCCAAAAUCCAAGCACCCUUGAACGCCUUAUUGACUGGCGCUGUUAAAGCAUCGCAUCCGGUCAAUUUAAAUGGAGACUCGUUGAAAGCCUUCGAAGAGUGCAAGGAAAGUUUAUGCAAUGCAACAUUGUUGGCACAUCCGGACUCAAAGGCAAAGCUAGGUCUUGUAACUGACGCUUCUGAUCUUGCAAUAGGUGGAGUCUUGCAACAGCAAAUUGGUGGUGAUUGGCAGCCCCUAGCCUUUUUCUCUCGUAAAUUGAGCCCGUCGCAAAGGAAAUACUCACCAUACGAUAGGGAGCUCCUUGCUGUUUACGAGAGCAUUAAGUACUUUAGACAUUGGCUAGAGGCAACACCAUUCACCAUCUAUACCGACCAUAAGCCGCUGUGCUUUGCAUUUCGCGAACGAAAGGCAAAUUUCAUUCCACGGCAAUUUAGGCAUCUAGACUACAUAUCACAGUUCUCAACCGACAUACAACACAUCGCCGGGAAAGAUAAUGUUGUUGCUGACACGCUUUCCCGGGUUGAGCAGGUCGAUGAACUGCUAAGCCCUGUAGAUCUAGAUGUCAUUGCCAAGGCUCAAGACUCCGAUCCUGAAUUUGCAGAUUUGUUAAGGCAGGACACUUCCUUACAAGUUCAAAUAAUAAAGAUACCUGGUAGUCGCAAUGAACUGUACUGCGACGUCAGCACAACGACUCCCAGGCCUUUAGUCCCUAAAGCCUUACGCAAGCGAAUUUUUGAUAGCUUGCACUCGCUAAGCCAUCCCGGCGCUAACGCUAGCGCAAAACUUGUGGCAGAACGCUUUGUCUGGCCACUGAUGAGGAAAGACUGUCGCGAAUGA